UAUGUUCGGAGCGGGCUUGUUGAUGCCGCAACUAGCCAAUCAUGCGAAACAAUUAGGAUGCAGUCACAUACAAAUAGGAACGAUGAGUGCUCUGUACUCUGGCUUCCAGCUGAUAUCCGGACCUGUCGUCGGAAGUCUCAGUGACACAAAAGGCAGGAAACCAAUACUAUUGUUAUGCCUGUACAUCUGUGCAUUCGCAUAUGUGUCGCUCGGGAUUACAUCCUCAAUUACGCUAUUUCUAUUGUUAAGAUCUGUGAUAGGCAUGUCCAAACAAACCCAACUAUUGACGAACGCUUUAGCGCCAGACUAUGAGACAGAUGGGACCAAACAAUCCAUAGUAUAUGGAAGGAUGUCGACAAUGACUGGACUUGGAAUGUCUGUGGGUCCUAUCAUUGGAGGACACAUAAUGGAAGCCUAUCCCAAUAACGGAUUCACUGUAAUUUGCUGUGUAGUCAGUGCUAUAUUCAUUUUCAAUACAUUGUUGCUCAGAAAACUGCCUGAUGUAAAGAUUUCGAAAUUUGCCAAAAAACAAGUCACCAUACCGAUAAAACUUUUGGAUUCGAUUACAAAAACAGCUAAAGAAUCCAUUGAUGAAUUUCGCAAAAUUGACUGGAGCAUCUUCUGGGAUUUGUUUUUAUUUAAGCUCCUUAUAACAUGUUGUGUUGGAUUGUACUUCAGUAGUUUUAGUUUAUUUUUAAAAAUAUACCAUGAGGUGUCUCCAAAAGAAUUGGGAUAUUUAAUAGCCUUUCAAGGCGGUAUGGGAUCUUUAUGCACGUAUUUCAUUGGCCACAUCACGAAAUUGUACAAACACGAUGAAGAUUUUUCUCAAAGAAUGUUGCAUAUUUCACUUGUAUUAUCUUUUACUUUAUUGGGUUUAUCCAUGACUUCCAGUAUCGUUAUUUUUGUGUUGCUAUUAAUACCUUUUGCUUUAUGUGGAUCAAUAGGAAGAGUUACCACUUUGGAAAUGAUUGCUAGUAGAAGUAAAAACACAAAUAGAGGAACUAUAAUCGGUGCCUCAAAUAGUAUGAAAUCUUUAUCUGGGGUAAUAACCCCAUUGCUUGGUGGUUUUAUUGGAGAGUAUUUAGGUAUAGCUUAUAAUUUCUACUUAGCCUCAUUUGUGGCUACCGCUGGAGCAGUAGCUAUAAAAUAUCAUAGAACAUACGUAACAUCGAAAAAUAAAUCUGAAUAAUUAUUAUAUAUUCCUCUAUCAUUUGAAAGUUAACCCAAUUAAAAUUAUGAAUUCAUAAUUGCUUUACAGUUUUCUUGUAAGGUAAUGCAAGUGGUAAUUAUAUGUGGGGCAGGUGGGGAGUAGUCUCGUGUGUGGCUGGUUCCCACGGUGGGUUCCUUCCGGAGCCGGUGACCCAUGACGCUACCGUCUCGGCGCCCACCUCGCGCCUCUCAUUGUUCCCUUCAAUAGUUCCCUAGACAUUUACCUACGAGGUGAUGUACGCUGGUCUUAUACGCCCCCUCUGUUUAUACAAGGUGCUUUGAAAUCAGCGAUGUGGAAAUUAAAUUCGUCCAGUUUCGUCAUUGCGGUUCGAUUGCUUAAUACAGGUGUUCUGUUUUCGUUCACAAAAUUAACUUUAGCGUUUUUACUGCAGAUUUAUGUUCAUCGUAUUUUUAUUAAUG